AUGAAUAACUCCCGUAUUUUAAAAACAACAAACGUUGUGCUUCUAGUUAUGGGUUAUCAAAGGCAUUGGUUUGAAAAAAAGUCGCAUAGAUUCCGAUUUUUCCUUCCCAGUGUAGUUUACAUCUUUGGCCUCGGAGUGGUUUAUGCCGCGUGCUUCUCCCAACAUUUCGAUACGUCGUCAUCUACACUAAAUGUUUUGCAAGAUAUAUCACCUUUUUUAUUUGGAUUAAUCAGGAUGCAGCUUAUUUUGGGAGCAAAAGCAUUUCUUUAUGUGAUCUAUUCUUCGGUGAAAUCUGUGAGUGCUGUUAACUCCCUGUUGAAAGCUCUACCAAUUAGAAAUUCCGAAUUUAAAAAAGAUGAGGGCCUGGCCUACGUUUUGAUGUGUUCAACCUUUUGGAUACUCUGCUGUUUCGUGAUCUACAUAGCAUAUGAAAUGAAAUUUGAGCCACCUCCCGUGCAAGAUGCUAUGCUUGGAAUGGCUCUAUUCUUUCCUCAUCUUAUUUUAGCUGGGUCACUGAGAUUGUACAUAGUAUUCUCUUGGUUGAGUCGAGGACAGCUUAAAGAGCUUAAGAAAAAUGUAGAAGAGGAGUUUAGUGCCAAUUUGACGAAGGACACUGCGAAUAUUGCUUCCACUUCUGUUACUGUUUCCACGAAAAGCUUGGAAAAUUUAAAGACAAAACUCGAGAUUCUGGGAGCCAGUUUUUUAAUUUUUGUCCAGACUUUAAAAUAUUCUAUGAUGUUUCUUUUUGCCUUGUACGCAAACUGCCUUUUGGGAGGAAUCUAUUCCUUUACAUACUACUGGAAUACUUGGUCCGUUUUGUUCGACGGCCGCCAGCGAAGAAUCUUCUAUGCGGCAAAUGCCUCCAUAUACGCCUGUAUUGUCAGUGAUUACAUCUGCCUGAUGGUUGUUUUGAUUAUGAUGGAGAACGAGCGGCGAAACUUUAUUGAGGCUAUAGGUUUCUUGCUGGCACAGAGGAAAUUGUUAUCAAAAAAAUUCAGACCUAUCGCAAAAGAUUUCAAAGGUGUUUUAGAAACCAAAUUUUGUUGUAAAUUUGUUGGGCCUUUUCAGUUAAAAAUCAGUUACGUCAGUUUGAUGAUAUGCGUUCAGAUGAUAAUAAUAACAUUGAUUGUGGCUAUUCGUCAUCUGAAAGACGAAAUUUUGUUGCUAAAAGAAGAGUUUAGCAGCACAGAGGAUAAAUAA